UUGUAACGUAACUCUCUCCCACUGUUGUUUGUCGAUUAUUAUACGAGUAUUAUACGAGUAAUCCUAUCAUGGAGGCGAUCCCAGCUAAAGGACGCGUCAUAAAGAUCUUGGGGCGCAUUGGGGCGCGUGGUGCUCUAACUGAAGUUCGCGUGGAGCUGCUCUCUUUUCCGCGCAUUCAAUUCCUGCAGAAGGUCAAGAGUCCUGUCCGCCUGGGGGACAUCGUCAAUGUGGAGGACAACAAAUUGGAGCAUGGCCCCUGGCAGACAUAGACUUACAGACCCCUAACUACAGAUGCGACAUAAAGGUACAGUUACUUACAUUAGUUUACAUUAUUGGCGUUGAAUAGCGGGCUGGAGGGCUGGCAGCGACGAGAACCACAAGCUGCAAUGAAAACCAACAAAUUCAUUGCAGACUUUGCAUAAUUUUAAAUUUUUGUUCAUCAUUGGAUCCACCAAUAAAUUGAAAAUAGAAGCACAAAUAAUUAAAAA